AUGAGACUUCUAAUGUCUUCUUCAGAUCAACAUGAUGGUAAAAUAAAUAGAUUUGCUAAUUGGAUACUAGAUGUUGGAAAUGAAAAUAUUGGUUUUACUGUUGGUGAUGAGUCAGAAGUUAAUAUUCCAGAUGAUCUGCUAAUUACAACUGUUGAUGACCCUCUCUCUCAUUUGAUAGAUUUUGCAUAUCCAGAUUUAUUGGAUGGAAAAGGAAUAUCUAAGUUCUUACACAACAUGCAAGCUAAUGAGAAUGAAGAUGUACAACAAGAGUGGUUCAUACCAGAGUUCCUAAAUAAAAUCAGAAGUUUAGGACUACCUAAUCACAAGUUGACUUUAAAACCAGGAGCCAUUGUAAUGCUACUGCAAAACAUAGACCAGACUUCAGGUUUAUGCAAUGGGACAAGGUUAAUAGUUAACGAACUUGACAACAACGUAAUUGGAGUGACGAGUCAGGAUCAAUCAUUAUGUCAUGUAGGUCUUUGCUUGCCAAAAUCAGUGUUCACCCAUGGACAACUUUAUGUUGCUUUGUCGAGAGUUAAGAGUCGUAGUUGCUUCAAGGUUCUAAUUUUGGAUGAAGACGGCAAUCCAAAGUUAUUAACAACAAAUGUCAUGUUCAAAGAAGUUUUUAAUAAUAUUUAG